UCAAGACUUUGGCGCCGGCAGAUUUGAAGUUACCUUUGCGACCAUGGCGGCAGUUGAGCGAUUUCUCGACCAGUCUGUCGUCAAGGUUCGCAAUGCGGAAGUUAAGUUCGAGUACCGUGGCGUUCGUGUGAAGACUGUGCGCGUGUUGGGCUAUCCAGCCGAUGCCAGUGACAGCGCGCUCCUUAACGGGUUAGCGGCGUACGGCAAGGUGCUUGGUAUGGACUACGAGCACGUUCCGGAAUUUAAGACUGUCCUCACGGGCAACCGACGCGUACGUGUCGAGAUGGCGCGACCCGUUCCCAACCUUCUUCCGGUGGGGAGCAGGAUCGUGCAGUGCGAGUACGAUGGUGUGGUUCGCCUGUGUCGCAGGUGCUUUUUUCCGGGGCACCACGCGGCUGACUGCAAGGUCCCACAGUGCGAGCGUUGCGCUGAGUUCGGGCAUGCCCGUUGCGAAGCGGUAUGCAAGCGCUGUGGCGACGACCAUGCUUUGUCUGCCUGCAAGGUGACGAGCGGUGCAGCUGAAGGCCAGGAGGCACCUUCGAAGGGUCCCGAGGGCUCCCCCCUGCCAGAGACGGAGCCAGUUCGUGCAGAGGCUCCCGGGGGGCGAGCAGGCCGAGAGGACCAGGGGGAGACCAUGGAUGCGGAGCCGUGGAGGCUGGUUCGAGGAAAGAGGCGCCGGGCGCGGUCCAGCGACUCUUCUGACGAGCGGCCGGCGGCUGCGUGCGGCGGACCCGGUGACUUGGAGGAGGGCCUGCCUGGCGUGAAGCGCACCGCAGCGGCGGAUUCGGACUCGGAGUCAACCAGUCCACCGUCAAGGGCAGUACCGAGGGACUUAGGCGGCAGCGAAUGGGAUGCAGUGAAGGCCAGUGUCGCGGAGUGCUUUCGGGAGUGGGGCAAGCGGCGGCACGCGAGGAGCGGUGCUGAGAUCAAAAUCGUCUCAGACGCUAUCCUCCUGCUCUCAAAGCCGCUGUCCGUGGCCCCGGAGUAA